UAUAAGACAAACUUGGAUUUUUAUUUUUUCUUUGUUGUCCUUGAAAAGUUUAGCUUUUCCUCUGGAAUUCUUUUCCUCAUCCAGGAGGGGCUGGAGAUGGAAAAGAGGCCUAGAGGACUACCCCUUUAUGUUCAGGUUCCUCUGUUUUCACCUUCUUUAUCAUCUUCAAUGGCAAUCCUCGUGGUUCUUUUCUCUGUCUUUAUAGUUGUCCCUUCGGUAUCAUCUGCUGGUGCACCUGCAAAGUCUGAUUCUUUCACCCCGCCUGAUAAUUAUCUCCUUGAUUGUGGUUCACCACAACAAACUACUCUACCUGAUAAAAGGGUUUUUUUAUCAGAUCAAAACUCAAAAGAACAUAUCAAUUAUGAAGGAAAAGAUUUACAGGUUUCUGUAGACAAGGCGGAUGUUCCUCUCCCAAUUUAUCGUAGUGCCAAAGUAUUUUCUUCAGAAGCAACUUAUACAUUUGGCAUGAAUAAAGCCGGUUGGCAUUGGAUCCGUCUACACUUCUUUCCGGUACCUACCAAUGAUGCCAAUCUGCAACAAUCUAAAUUCACUGUUGUUUCUGAUUCAUUAGUCCUCCUCCACGAAUUUAGUGUUGGAAGCGGAUGGGUUAUGAAGGAGUAUCUUGUUAAUGUAACCAAUAAACAACUAUCAAUUAAAUUCACUCCUGUCAAGGAUUCAACUGCAUUUAUCAAUGCUAUUGAGGUUGUUUCUGCUCCUGAUAUGUUGAUCAGUGAUGUUGGCAAUUCAUUGGUUCCUGUUGCACAAACCUCUGGCCUGUCUCAGAAUUCUUACCAAACCAUUUAUCGCCUUAACGUAGGUGGUCCAAAGAUUGAGUCUCAGAGUGACACCCUUGGACGAACAUGGUCAGAAGAUAUCAAAUAUCUUAAACCUGAGAAUGCAGGUAAAAAUGUGUCUGUGGAGCCGAAGGUCAUCAUCUAUCCUGAUAGGAAUUCUCCCUUGAUUGCACCUGCAUCGGUUUAUGCUUCCGCCAUGGAGAUGGGUGAUUCAAAUACUGUAGGUCCCAAUUUUAAUGUUACUUGGUCUCUAGACGUUGACACAUCAUUUACAUAUUUAGUCCGCCUUCAUUUUGCCGACAUAGUGAGCAAAUCCCUCAAUGACCUGUAUUUUAACGUGUAUGUUGGUGGGAAAAAGGCAAUUUCUGGGCUAGAUUUGUCAACUGUUGCAGGAGAUUUGGCAUCAGCUUAUUACAAAGACUUUGUAGUGAAUUCUUCUAUGGGUGUUAAUAGUCCUCUCAAAGUUCAGAUUGGUCCAAUGAAUGAAGCUGCGGGUACAAAGAACGCACUUCUUAAUGGUCUAGAGGUGUUUAAAAUUAACAAUUCGGUUAAUAGUCUGGAUGGUGAGUUUGGUGCUGAUGGGAAGACUGCAGGUCCAAGUCGUGGCUCGGUGGCAGCAGUUGGAUUUGCUAUGAUGUUUGGAGCGUUUGUUGGUUUGGGUGCCAUGGCAGUGAAAUGGCAAAAGAGGCCUCAAGAUUGGCAGAAGAGCAAAAGCUUCUCUUCAUGGUUGCUUCCUAUUCAUGCUGGAGAUACAAGCUUUAUGUCAAGCAAGACUUCUUUGGGAUCCCGAAAGGGCGCUUAUUCAUCAACAAUGGGAUUAGGUCGGUUCUUUUCCUUUGCUGAGUUGCAAGAAGCCACCAAAAACUGGGAUGCUAGUGCUAUUGUUGGUGUUGGAGGAUUCGGAAAUGUGUACCUUGGUGAGAUUGAUAAUGGAACCAAAGUUGCCAUAAAACGUGGCAAUCCACAAUCUGAGCAAGGUAUCAAUGAAUUCCAGACAGAAAUCCAGAUGCUUUCCAAGCUUCGACAUCGCCACUUAGUGUCACUCAUUGGAUAUUGUGAUGAAAAUGAUGAGAUGAUCUUGGUUUAUGAGUACAUGUCAAAUGGGCCUUUGAGAGACCAUUUGUAUGGAAAGAACUUGCCCACUCUCCCUUGGAAACAAAGGCUUGAAAUAUGCAUAGGUGCAGCUCGCGGUCUUCAUUACCUUCACACAGGCUCAGCUCAAGGCAUCAUUCACCGUGAUGUCAAGACCACUAAUAUAUUGCUUGAUGAUAACUUUGUUGCAAAAAUGGCUGAUUUUGGGCUCUCAAAAGAUGGUUCAAAUGUCGAAGGACAAGCUUAUGUGAGCACUGCAGUUAAAGGCAGUUUUGGUUACCUGGACCCUGAGUACUUCAGAAAACAACAACUAACUGAUAAGUCUGAUGUCUACUCAUUCGGAGUUGUGCUUUUGGAAGUACUCUGUGCACGCGCUGCUAUUAAUCCAGCCUUGCCUAGGGAACAAGUGAACUUGGCAGAAUGGGCAUUGCAGUGGAAGCGAAAAGACCUUCUUGACAAGAUCAUGGAUCCUACUCUUGUUGAAGACAUCAACCUCGAGUCCAUGAAAAAAUUCGCAGAGGCUGCCGAGAAGUGUUUGGGAGAAUACGGUGUUGAUAGACCAACAAUGGGAGACGUCUUGUGGAAUCUUGAACAUGCUUUGCAACUUCAGGAGGCUUCUUUAAAAGCAAAGAGUGAAGAGGAAAACAAUGCAGUGGCAAGUGGAGCUUCCCCUGCUGUUCCCUCAGCUCCUGCUGCUACUACUAGCCUAGAUAACAGGCCUGUUCCAUCGCCUCAACAGACUAACAAACCAGCUCAAGUUGAUCCUAUCGAUGAACAUUCUGGAACUGCAGUGUUUAAACAGUUUGCUGAGCUAAAUGGCCGCUAAAAUCCCAGUAUUUUUCAGACAAAACUUUUUAGUUGGGAAAGGACACCACAGUUAUAUCCAUGUUAAGAGUUGGUUGUAGUUGGAGAUUUCUCUAAACAAAGCUCAGAUGAUGUCUUUGAACUUGUAUUAUAUAUGUAUGGUGUAAAUGGUCAUCACCUGCCAUUUUUAUAUAGUACGAACAUUCAUACUUGUAA